GUUUCAGGGUGGGCCCAUGCUCCUCCAGGCCUUACCCCUAAACACCCUCCUCCAGCAGGGGCAGCCCAGCGGUAUUUCAGAGCCUCCUCCUACCUAGAGGCUGUUUUUCGUUCUGCCGAGGGGAGCUUGCUCCUAAGCGAAUGAGGUCCAAGCUGCUAUGUUGUAGGGGGCCACGGAGGCGGGGAGUGAUUGGAAGGAUCCCGACACCCUGGGCGCCUGCCCGGCUGCGAUCUGGCCCAAAGACGCGCUUUCCAAAAGCUAUAAAACCGCCUCCCGGGUCAACCCCGCAAAACCACUCAAGUCUGAGACGGCAGGACCAACAACCCUCUGCGAAGGCGAUUCUGGGCGCCUCCGGGCCGCCCCGCCCCGUCCUGGCCCCACCUCCCACCAGCCCCUCAGAGUUGCGGAGAAAACCUGGAGAGCGAUUAGCUUGGACUGAAACACUGCGCAUGCCCAAUAGCAGGAUCUGGUGGAGGUUGCCUAAAGGAAGGUUUUCUUCGAAGGACCCCCGUGCCCAGGUUGGGGACAAACAACGGAGACAGGUGGCGUUGCGCCGUGGCGCCCUUUCUCCUGGUCCGCCUGCGCGACACCCCUUUAGCGGAAAGACUGAGGGGGCUGCGCCUCGCGCGGUGUCAAAGACUCAACUAGCGGGGCUGGGGGAGGGGGUGCGCACGGCGGUAUCGCCGCGACACGUGACUGUCCGCGGUGCUUCGGGCAGCCAUCUUCCGUCCGGCCAGCGGGCAGCGGGCGAGCGGAGCGGACGCCGGAGCCCACGGGUUUGGGGCAGGGCGCCCUUCUCCCCGGCACGCCUUCCUGCAGGGUUCAAGGCUCCCAGUUGCGGCACCUGCCUCGUCUGCCCAAGGCGGCGGAAUCGUUGCCUUGGCCCUAGGUUUUCCUGCAGGGCGGAGGAGCAAACUAAUGACUAUGAAAUGCAUAGGAUAGACUUCGAGGGCUGAUGAUCUCUGCUUUCCCCAGAGGUUAAAGUUGGAGAAAGGGCCUCCUUUCCCUAAGGUAGUGACACCCUUGCUCCAACUAACUUCUUGUUCUAACCCAUUCCCUGCAGAGGAGAUGUGAUGUGUUGGCAGAAACAUCUGGACAGAUUCUGUUGCUCUUCCGUGCAUGCAGUAUCCCACAGUCCCUUCUGGGGGACAACUUGGAUGAUGAUAGUUAGAGUGAAUAUUUAUGGAGCUCCUGCCACAUAGCACUUGGGGUUCCUGUGAUCUUAGGCCCAGCCUUGUCACCAUCAUAAAAGAAUUUGUCAGAAUUGCAAAAUUCUAGACCUAAGGGUCGGAUCCUGCAGUCCAAUGAACAAGCCCUCCAGGUGGUUCUCUUAGACAUUUUAUUUCUCGAUUCCAACUGAAUCUCAGGUCAACCUACUUUACAAAUGCAGCAUUGAAAUUUUACAUAGCUGACCCUGCAACAGGGGUGUUGAACUCGUUUUAACAUGGGGCCACAUCAGCCUCCUGGAUGCCUUCAAAGGGCGAAUGUAAUUUUAGGACUGUAUAAACGCAACUAUUCAACUGUUAAGGGAGAGUUCCGAGCUGCCACCAGGUAGAAGCCAGGUAGAAACAAGGGGCAGGGCAGAUAAAACAAUGUGGAGGGCAGGAUUCAUCCCACUGGCCUUGUGUUUCCACCUGUAAUCUAACCUAAUUGCACUUGUAGCCUCUCCCAGGAAUGUAACUUUUAACCACUUAAUCUGGAAUCACCUGAUCCACACAAGUGAGGUAAUCUGAUUGAUAGACCCCAAUUCUUCCCCCAAAGAAAAGUGACCUUGCCUGAAAGAAUAUACUUCUUGUUAGAAAUUUGCUUCUCUUGCCCCACUUCUGCCUUUAAAAGCCUUCCAUUUUUAAUUUAAUCUUUAUUGUAUUUCUUCCAUGACCAUUUUGUCCUCUUCUAUGUCCUUUU